UUUGGCUAUUUACUGAUAUCUGAGGAAUGACAAAGGGAAAAAAAGAAGUUCCCAGUUUUAGAUGCCACCAAUACAUGUGAUUGUCUUCCGAGAAAAAUUCGUCGAUCGUGGCAACGGAGAAACCCGGUCCCAAGUCGCAGAGAGAGUGGGAGGAAAUGGUGACGCUGCUGGUGGCGACCACGGCAGACCCGGCCUCAAUUGGGCCCGCCUCGUCCCUCUUGGCCAUGCCAGGGUGGCACCCCGGACCCACCAUCCAGGACAUACCCAGUUUUGCAAACAGAGACGUGAGGCUGCUGAAACUCGAAACUCGCCUUGUGAAAGAGGACCACUUGGACAAGCGCUGGGAGGAGGUGGCGGAAGAGCCCGUUGACGAGGUUAUUUUUCUCAGCAAGCACGUCGCCGCCUCAACCCGUCCUGCUCUUACAAUUCAUCCAAUAGGUACACCUCAUUUACGUGAAGAUGAGAUUCCUCUUGCCGGUGGAAGGCCAGGAUGGGCUGCACCCCCAAAUCCUCGGAUUGGUCCAUGGCUCAGGCUCUUGAAGACUAUUGCCGAAUCUCAUAAACUGGUUCCUGAAUUUGAGGUCACAUUGGAGGCUACUCAUCAUGGACCUCUGACUAGUUCUCCGACAAUGUUUGUAGAGAUUGGUUAUGGUUCUUUCAUGUUAGGAAGUACUGAAGAGUACUGGAAGAGGCAGGAUGCUGCUCAAGCCAUUGCUCGACUAGUUUGGGAAGGAUUGGGUCUUGGGGGAGGUGUUGCCAUUGGAGACUGGAAAAGGGAUGAGAAUCGAAGCAAGGUACUUCUUGGCAUAGGUGGAGGGCAUUAUGUCCCGAGGCACAUGGACAUUGCUAUGAAAGAUGGUGUCUGGGUGGGCCAUCUAUUGUCUGGAUAUUCCUUGCCCAUGGAAGAUCCCGGUGGGUCAAAGAAACAAGUAAAUGCAGAGGAUGUUGGCGGGGCCUGGAGAGAAGCGAUCAGAGUUGCGUUUGAGACCACAAGAUCAGCUUUUCCUGGAGGAGAAUUCCUUGCGCACCUCGAUCACAAGAGUUUCAAGAGCUGGCAGAGAAAUGCCAUCACUCAAUUCUUAGCAGAGCAAAACAUAAAUAUCGGAAAACCCGCAGAUUUCCCGUGAAUAAUCUCGCACUAUGACACCGGCAGACAGUGGUUCUGUUCCUCUUUCAUCACCGCGAUACAUGUGAUUAGUCUGCACCAAAAUUUGGGACAGAUAAUAUCAGAAUCAACUUGUAUAGGCAGACUGAUAAUUUUAUGAGUUUUCAAGUUUAAGAAAAACCAAUAAAUACCAAAGCUUCUCCCCAUUACGGGGAAUAUAUAAAUACUGCAUUUCUUUUCCCUGUUUUUGCCAUUUUUAGAACCGUAACUACCAAAUUGCUAUUAAGCUGUAGACACUGUAAUUGAUCUUUCAUCCAUAAAUUUCUCUUUUCAAAUUCAAAUAUCACUCCUGCCGUCCUUUCCCCUGCUGUCUAUUGAUAAAGAGGAGGGAUCGACUGAGGAGAAUGUGUUCUUCCGAGCUUGCAGAUUUCUCUAGAAACAAGACGGUGAAUUUCCGUCAACUUUCUCAACAUAAACAUGGGUGUCAUCUCCAAGGACGAGAAAGAAGGACCAGAUAGAAGCAAGAAAAGUUCACUGAGGCACAAGAGAAUUGAAAGAGAUCGACGUGUAAUCCAAGGUUCGGGGAGCUAUGUGAAUGGGGUCUUAGACGAGAACUGGUCAAGUGACUCGAGUUGGGCAGAUUCUACCAAUGAAGAUUAUAUUGUCUUCCACAUAAGAAAAGAUGGAGCCAUCGACGUGGUGAAGGAGGGCAAACAAGAGUCAUCAAAUCCUCUUCAUCAAGCUGGGGAAUAUUCGAGCUCUGUCGAUGGAAAGCUUGAUCUUGCGAGCAAGAUUGCAGAAUCGACUCAGCAACGCAAUGUUGGUCCAAGGUCAAGUGAGGAUGGAAUUGCAGCAGCAAACACAGAUUUCAUCGUUUCUCAGAAUAAGGACCACCAAAUCAAGUUAGACGAAGAAAAAGAUGGAGAUCGAGGAAGACAAUCGAACAGGAGUGAUGGCUCUUUUAGCUUUCCAGUGUUAGGAUGGGACUGGAUUGGCAGCCCGAUAGAAAUGCCCCACCCAGUCGAAAGGAAGCCCCGGACCUGCAUCCGUUUUCGCUGUUUUAGAUUCUGAACUUUGAAAAUGAUCUAGAAGAAAGAUUUCAAAUUUGGCUUUGUUCUCUCUUUGAUGUUUGUUUCAUGGGAAAAUGCAAUUAGAUACUGAACUAACAAUGCAGAGUUCCACUUGAGAAAUUAAAUGAAAAGCAACCUCCUUAAUGCCGA